AUUUCCACACAGAGUUGCUGUGCUUCACUGUAAAGGUAGCUUUCAGUUACCUUGCAGUUACCCAAGUUUGUUAGCUGGCAAAGGGCGUUCUGGGACUAUGGCUUGCGCGUAUCUCCUGUCUCUGGAUGGUCACUUAGCACCUUCUCUCAAACGGAGUUACCGUGGAAAGGAAAGGGCAAAAAUGCGAGCUGAAGAUAUCAGACAGGCUAUGCCAGAUUCAAGCAACGACAGCUCUGCUACGAUGGCAAAUACGUUUUCCCACGUAGAGAGUCCCCAAUGCAAGGAAUACCAUCAUCAACUUCACCGUCCAAUGGAACUAUGUCCUUGAAAUCCGUAUUAGAUCUGCACACCUCCAGGCGGAUGAAGGCUCCUUCAGACAUCAAGAAACAGAAAUAAGGAGUCAGUAUUCCCAGUCGGAAACGAUGGCUUUACUACUGGUCUCU